CCAAGGAACCAAAUCCCACGAGGUUUUUGCUUACAUAACCAUCCUCAGCAGUUACUAUUGCUUUCUUUAUUUUUUGUCAUUGUUGUAAAUAUAUCUAUCACACAACUUUUGCCAGUUCAACUUUUUACAGGUGUACAACUUAUUGACAGCAAUUACGUUAAUCAACUGUGCAACUCUACCCUUCUAUCACCAUCAACACCCCACCUUUCCCCCUCCUUUUUUCCUGGUAAUCACUAAUAAUCUUUGUUCUCUAUACAUUUGUCUUUUCUUGUCUUUUUACGUAAGUGAGGUCAUACAAUAUUUAUCCUUUAGUGAUUGACUUAUUUCAUUCAGCAUACUGUCUUCCAGCACCAUCCAUAUUGUAGCAUGUAUCAAGACUUCAUUUCUUUUACCAACUGAGUAGUAUUCCAUUGUAUAUAUGUACCACAUUUUGUUUAUCCACUCAUCCAUUCAUGGGUAUUUAGGUUGUUUCUACCUUUUGGCUGUUGCGAAUACAGCUGCAGUGAACAUUGGUAUAGAAGUCUCUCUGUUUGAGUCUGUUUUCAAGUCUUUUGGGUAUAUACCUAGGAGUAGAUUUGCUGGGUCAUAUUGGGUCGCUAUGAGUUGAAACUGACUCAGCAGCAAUGGGUUUGGUUUGGUUUUUGGUAUGAUAGUUCUAUUUUUAGUUUUUUGAGGAACUACCACAGUUUUUCACAACGACCAUUUUGCAUUCCCACGAGCAGUGGGUAAGGGUUCCAAUUUCUCCAUAUCCUUGUCAACAUUUGUUGUUUUCUGUUUUUUUUUUUAUCUUAGCUAUCCUAGUGGGAGUGUAAUGGUAUCUCGUUGUGGUUUUGAUUUACAUCUCUCUGAUGGCUAAUGACGCUGAGCAUCAUUUCACAGGUUUAGUGUCCAUUUCAACGUCCUCUUUGGCGAGUUGUCUAUUCAAGUUCUUUGCCCAUUUUAUGAUUGGGUUGUCUUUUUGUUGUUAAGUUGUCCAAGUUUUAUAUAUAGUGUGGCCUCUUUUAAACUGAGCACAGUGCCUGGUCUACAGUAGAAAUGUAACAACAACUUGUUGAAUGAAUGAACAAUUAAAUGAAUGAAUGAACAUUGAAAUAAAUGCCUUUCCUCCCCCUUCCCUGUCAUAGUCCUUCAGCUCUUGUGUUAACGCCAUGGACAGGCCAGCAGGAGCAGCCUUGCAGCCUGAGAUAAGGCCUUCAGCGGGUGUCUCCCUUAUCACUCCCUCAAGUGGGUGUGGGGGGACAGAACUGAUGUCUGGUGCUGGUGGAGCCCCCACACAGAUACAGACACAGGAUGUCCUCUAAGUACCCGGUGUCUGUCCGGACCUGCCUGCCCCUGUGCGCCUUAGUGGUGGAGACGGCUUUCAUUCUCAUCUUCUUCUUUUUUACCACCUACGAUGUUGUCUCAGAGAAACAGCAGCUCAUGGAUAAGUAUCAAGUCUUCCAGGAUGUUACCGUCAUGGCGGCCCUUGGCUUGGGCUUCCUUGCCUCGUCUUUUCCCAAACACAGCUGGAGCAGUAUAGCCUUCGACCUCUUCAUUCUGGCUGUUGGGGUGCAAUGGGCAGUCCUGCUGAACGGCUUCCUGAAGGAUGAUUACAACGGUGAGAUAGUCAUCGAACUGUCCAGUAUUCAGGUGGCCACCAUGAGUGCCAUGUCUGUGCUGAUCUCAGCAAGUGCUGUCCUGGGGAAGACCAACUUGGUGCAGCUGAUGAUGAUGGCACUGGUGGAGGUGACGGCCUUCAGUGUCGUGUAUAUGACCAGCAAAAAAGUCUUCAGUCUGGAGGAGUGCACUAGCAUGAUGUACAUCCACGUGUUUGCAGCCUAUUUCGGGCUGGCUGUGACCUGGUGCCUGUCAAUGUCUACGCCCUCCAAAGAGCAGAUGGAAGAAAGGUUGGCAAAGAGCUCCAGUUUGUUCGCCAUGUUGGGCACUCUCUUCCUAUGGAUUUUCUGGCCAAGGUUCAACUCCACUCUGCUGUACAGUCCAGAUGAAAGGAAGAACGCUGUGUUCAACACCUACUAUGCUCUUGCAGUCAGUACUGUCACAGCCAUCUCGGUGUCGGCGUCAGCUCACCCUCAAGGGAAGAUCAACAUGGCUCAUAUCCACAAUGCUGUGCUGGCGGGAGGCGUGGCUAUGGGUGCCUCGUGUCAUCUGAUCUCUUCUCCUUGGCCUGCCAUGGUGCUGGGCCUUCUGGCUGGGCUGAUCUCCAUCGGGGGAGCCAAGUGCCUGCCGAUGCGUUUUCACCGUAUGCUGAUGGUUCACUACACCUUCGGCCUGCCGGGUCUUCUUGGAGAAUUCGCCUACAUUAUUGUGAAGGUGUAUCAGCUCUCCUCGACCACGAAUUCUCUGAUGUGCUACAAGAUUCUGUUUGACAUAGGAGUGCUCAGCUUCGUCAUGGUUAUGAGUCUGGCAACUGGUUUCCUGACAGGUAGUCUUCUGAGGCUCAAAAUAUGGAAAGCACCUGACAGGAAUAAAUAUUAUCAUGACCAAACUUUCUGGAAGUUUCCCCACUUGGCUGCUGGAUUUUAAGCCAAAGCACCCAAGGAAAACAAGUCCUGUGCAAAAAAAAUAAGACAACUCUCUUUGGCUGUUCCCCACUUUUGUGCACAACACUCAUUACAGCAAGGUCGCAUUAUAUUCAAUGAAAUAAGGUCAGAGAUAAAUUUGAUAUUAAAAAUAAAAGACUAAAAACUUGUUUAACCGGUCAUUUAAUAAUAGUUUCAAAUAUGAUAAGUUUCCUUAAAGAUGAUGCUAUAAAUAUUUUCUUGGAUACAGACACAGAAUUAAGGUUUCUGUUAAAUUUUAUUUAUAAUUCUUUAGAUCCUUUCUCAUGCUUAAUAGAGUGCUAUGCAGUUAACUCUUGCCUACAUCAGCAGAACAGAUAAUACAAAAUAGAUAAAAAUUAAGAAGCCUACGGAGUAAGAUGUAUGUAAACUUAUAUGUGACAGACUGAUUGGAUUUGUAAACGUUCACUUGAAGCUUAAUAAAAGUUAAUAAAAAAAAAAAAUUAAGAA